AGGGGCGUCACAAAUACCAGGGCACAGGUGAGCCAGCGGCGAGAGCUCGCUGGGACUCGGCUUGCGCGGCCGGCUACCGUGUGGAUUAACCGCUGCAGGAGCGCCUACCUGGUUCUUGCUGGUGGAUUUGGCUGGAUUUCCCCCCAACAUCUAAACAAUUUAAAACUUCCAGCAGAAGGUCCCAUGGCUGGGUCCUGUGAGAUCAGCAACCUCCUUUCCAACUACAUCUCCGCCAUGUACCAGCCAGAGGAAGUGCCUCCGGACCCAGACCUGCUGACCCACCUGGGGGAUGAUGACAACCUUCCUCUUCCACUCUCUAACAUACACAUGCCAGCGGAAACAACCGGCAAACCCACAUGGUAUGGCGAGAUGCCCCAUUGCUGGAGCAAGUCUCAAGUCCUGGAGUGGAUCAGCUACCAUGUGGAGAAGAACAAGUACGAUGCCAGUGCUAUUGACUUCUCCUGCUGCAACAUGGAUGGGUACACCCUUUGCCAAUACACACGGGAUCAGCUGGGACUCAUCUUUGGGCCCCUUGGCGACGAGCUCUAUGAUCGCUUGCAUGAAAUCACUUCAGUCCCAGAUGAACUGGGCUGGAUUAUGUCUGUGCUGAGGAGCGAAGAGGCUUCCCAAGAAUCCCUUCUGGAAUCCAGCUCUUUAGAACUUGGAAACUCUUGCUCUCAGGAGUACCUGGAAGAAAUGAAGUUGGCAAACUUUCUUUCACAGCCCGACCUUGGCUACUUCUCUGGGGCCAUGUCACCAGACAGCUCUGGGUCUCUCACAGGGACUAUGUCACAGAGCCCUCACUCUCAGGACUCCGGUGGAAGUGAUCUUGAUCUGGACCCCAUCGAUAUGAAGCACUGUCCCUUUUCUGAUGGUGACUAUAAGAAAGACCUCAAAAAGCGGAAAAGGGGACGACCUAGGAAAGUCAGCAAGGAGAACAGAGACUGCUUGGAGACCAAAAAGAGCAAACACUCAGCCCCAAGAGGCAUCCACCUGUGGGAAUUUAUCCGGGACAUCCUAAUUCACCCAGAGAUGAACGAGGGGUUGCUGAAAUGGGAAGACCGGCGAGAAGGCAUUUUCAAGUUCCUGCGCUCUGAAGCGGUGGCCCAGCUCUGGGGGCAGAAGAAGAAGAACAGCAGCAUGACCUAUGAGAAGCUGAGCCGGGCCAUGAGGUAUUACUACAAGCGAGAAAUCUUAGAGCGAGUGGAUGGUCGGCGGCUUGUGUACAAAUUUGGGAAGAACUCCAGUGGGUGGAAGGAGGAAGAGGUGCAAGAGAGAAGCUAAAGAGAGCUGCAAGAGCCAUACCUAGACUUGGCUUUGGCCUACUUGUGCUCAGAGGACUAGUUCUAGGCACAAUGCACUGAUGUGGGCCCUGAGCCCUGAAGCUGCUGCCUCAAGCAGUGUGUGUUAGACUCCAGCCCCUUCAUGGGGCAAAGUGUGCAUGCUGGCUCCCAGCCAGAGCGCAGGUAAUUACAGCUGAUAUUUUGGCUCUAGUAGGUUAUUGUGAACCAUUAUUAUUUUGUCAUGAUUGGACUCUGGCUGCUCUUGAUUCUGAAUGGGAUUACAACGCCUUUGGCUGUCCAAGGCCCUGUGCUGAGCUCAACCAGGCAGAAGGAACGGGCCGUUCUCAGCCAUUGUUUUGUCCUGAAGGCCAAUUCUCAGAACAUCAAACGGUCCGCUGACUUGGACGGAAUGCUGCAGCUGACUGUGCAUGGGGAACUGGGAUCUGCCACUGUGAUACCAGGGUCUGGGGACAUGGAUGUCCGCUUUGGAGUGGUGGUUGGACCAGCUGCAGACUGGCAGAAAUGAUUUGGCCAGACUUUGCUUCUCAAACUGAGGUCAUUGUGAAUCUUAGAUGGCUUAGGAGGGCACGGCCCACACAAGCCCUUUGCUUGGCUCUUCUCCAGCCUCUUAAUGUGGGGAGGAAAAAUCUUAGUUUCCAGAAAGCAUGGCAGUGCCCCAUGAACAGCUUCCUCUUGCUCCUAAUUUAUGUGAUAUAAAUGUUUAUAUGGUGUACAUAGAUAUCUAUUUUUUUCAUAACAAAAGUUGUGUGAUUGUGUCAGAAAACACUGGGCAUUGUCAAUAGUGAUGAUUGUUGUUUCUAAUAUUCAGCUGGGCUGAAAAAAAUUAUUUUGGAAUCAAAGUGUUUGUAGGAUGUUGUACCAGCUCGUUGGUGACUCCAGGAGAGCCCUGCGUGACGUACAGGCUUCCUGCUUUUUAAUAAUUAACCAAUAAAUUACCAGUUUUGUUGGUUUUUAA